CUUAUGUAGUUUCUUUGGUACAUUCCUGAUCUCUCUAUCAACUUGUUGCUCGUAGGUAAACUGGCUUAUGAUGUGGGUCGAGCAAUCCAGGGCACGGGUUGGCGUCCCAUACCCACAUUUCAAGCAGGACGGAGAACGCAGGACGGUUAAUACUUGUCUGUUGCGCUAUCGGAUGGCCGUGUUUAAUUUGAGGAGCUCACGGCAUGACGAUUGUGACGGGACUUGAGCUUUACGUGCUUGAUUGUCACAAAUCCGGUGCUGGGCGUUCCAAUGUGUGCAAAGCCAGGGGUGUGGGGGGAGUUGAAUCGAAGCCACGGGCGGGCGUCGCAGAGAUAUAUGCCCCUAUCCGGUGCCCACUGUUGACGUGCCACGUCCACCACGCCCCAUCGUCUCCAAAUCUCCAUUGUCAGUCUUAAAGCUUAAAGGUGGAGAAGGUAAAAUCCAUCCAAAGCGCGAUACACUGUCGAAAGAAAAAGUCCCCAACGCAAAGUUGUAAAGGUAAAAGGGGAUCCCACUGUCUCUUUCCCCGCUCCCACCGCAGGGUGACCUAGAAGAGCUAGGAGGGGAUUAGAAUAAGAACCCGCAAAAGAAGAAAAGUAGGGGAUAGAGAGAGAGAGAGAGUAAACCCUAGUCGAUGGGCAUCUCUAGAGCCCAACACCACCACCGCCACCGCCACUCUUCCUCUCCUCCCCGAAUCUCCAGAACCCCAUUCCCACUCGUUACCAUAACCUUAACGCUUCUCCUCCCCGCCGUGGCGGGUGACCUCUGCACCCUGGUCUAUAAGGGUUGUGCCAACCAGACCCUCUCCGGCAGCGGGGCAGCCUACAUGCAACCCCUCGCCGCCCUUUCCUCCGCACUCACCGCGCGAGCUGCCGCUGCCAAGUUCUACAAAACCACCACCUCCUCGGCCGUCGGCGGCCAGCCCCUCUUCGGUCUCUUUCAAUGCCGCGGUGACCUCUCCCCCUCCGACUGCUCCGCCUGCGUCGGCUGCGUGCUCCCCAUGUGGACGUCCCUCUGUGGCCCCGCCGCCGCUGCCCGUGUCCAGCUUAACGGGUGCUACGCCCUGUACCAGGUUUCCGGCUUCCCGCAGGUCUCCGGCACCCAGAUGCUCUACAAGGCAUGCGGCUCCGGCGGCGGCGGUGGCGGCUUCGAGGUGAAGCGCGACACGGCCUUCGCCCAGCUCCAGAGCGGCGUCGCCGGCGGCCAGGGGUUCUACGCCACCAGCUACGCCUCCGUCUACGCCAUGGCGCAGUGCGAAGGCGACCUUUCCGCCGGCGACUGCAGCGAGUGCAUCGCCCAGGCGGUCCAAAAGUCUGAAGUGGAAUGCGGCGGCGCCGCCUCCGGCCAAGUCUACCUCGACAAAUGCUACAUCAGCUACAGCUAUUACGCCAAUGGCGUUCCCCACGGAGGCGGCGGAGGAGGCGGAGUCGGCGGCGGAGGAGGCGGAGUCGGCGGCGGCGGCGGAGGGGGGCAAACAGAGAAAACAGUGGCCAUAGUGGUGGGAGGGGCAGCAGGGGUUGGAUUCUUGGUGAUCUGCUUGCUGUUUGCCAGGAGUGUAAUGAAGAAGAAGGACGAUUUUUGAGGACUGGUGGUGGCAGAAAAGCAACAGAGGAGUAAUUGUUGGGAAUUUGGCUAUGGAGAGGGAAAGAUGUCCUUGUGAAACAUUGGGCUUCAGGGACAGGAGGGAUGGAGUGGAUGUUUGUCCCUUUGGUAAGAGUUGAUGGAAUGCUGAAGAGGCCCGCCCUCCCUUUGGCUGAUUCCUUUCUUCGCAUGGGUGUCAUCCACCAUGUGAGGGAGAGAAUAAUGUGUCGGAUCCGAUCUGCACUGACUCACUGUAAGGAGAUGCUCUUUGUUUCAUCAUCAUCAUUAUGUACAUCUGCCUCUGGGUAGGGAGGGAUGUAACCCUAUACAGAUUCAAGGGAAUAUUCUCGACAGAAAACAUAGGCUGGAUAACCUUCAGUUCUUCGGUUCUCUCCCACUGCUUGUUUGCUCGGUCCCAGAGAGAUGGGCCUUUGUGUGCUCUGUUUACUGGAGAUCAGUGACUAUUAUAUAUACUCUUUUGGAACUUGAACUGCACCGUCUACGUAAGUCACUUUGCAUGAGUUUUAACUUCUUAAAUUGUAGAUUGAUGAUUGCAAUUAGACGAUGCCAGCAUGUGGAUUCCUGCA